AGUAUGAGUAUGCUGGCCGCCCGAAUUGACGGGAUCCACAUCAUUAACCUCUUGCGUGCCUGUGCUAAUAUGGCGUUUACCCGUGCGUUGCAAAGCUUUUUAUAUACUGGCUGGUCUGUCCCAAUUCUACACCGUGCGGUUGUCGUGAUUCUGUCUACGAAGUGACUGUCCAAUACUUCGCUGGUAUAUAGGCAGAGAACCCUCUCUAUAUACGUUCACUCUUUAUCAGACUCAUUACACUGACACCAUGGCGGACGAUAAGUACACGUCACAAGCAGAGCGUUUCAGCAAUCUCUCCAGGGAAGGAUCAGAUGCUACUCCAACUGGACAGAAACCAUCAUUUGGACAAAAGGCAAAAAGACAUUGCGCAAAAUGGUGGUGGGUACAUGUGUUGGUGUGGAUUGCUAUCAUCUUGAUUGUUGUGCUUCCCAUUAUAUAUGUCGGUAUUCCGAAUAUCGCACAACAGCAACUAAAUGAUUCCACUCUCACUGUCGAAGCUCAAGCUGUGACCAACCCGCAGCCAAACAGUGUUGAGCUUGCCAUCAACUCUACCGCUCACAGCAAAAGCUCUUUCCACCCAACAAUUGAGGGAUUCGAAGGGUCACUCUAUCUCAAGGACCAGCCCGAGAAGCCCUUUGGUAUACUCCACAUACCAGAGACCAGUGUACAAAGCGCUGUCCCUAUCAAUAUCACCCAAACCCUGGAAAUUACAGACAUGGACGCUUUCAUUGCGUACAACAAACUGAUUGUUACAAGCGAAACAUACUCCUACGGAAUCAAGGGGAAGACUGUUAUCCACCAACAAGGCCUCGACGGUAUUAAUGUCGACUACGACAAGACAGUCACUCAGAAGGGGCUCAAUGGAUUCAAGGGCUUUGAACUUCAGGACUACAACAUCACAAUCAUGCCAGAGUCUGACGGCACUACGCUACGAGGCACAGCCUACAUCCCCAACCCCUCAGUGUCCACACUACAACUGGGCAACGCUGUGUUCAACUUGACAUGCGAAGACCAGUACAUCGGACAGGCAUUUAUCAACGAUCUUGUUCUGAGGCCAGGCGACAACUACUAUCCAACAAACGCCAAGACGAACCAGACGCUUGUCGUUUCAAUUCUCAUGAAUGGCAAGCACGGCGAUUUCCAGCUUCCCAUCAACAUCAUAGGCGACAGUAUCACCAACUCGGAUGGUAUCAAGAUCGACUAUCUCUCGGAAGCGAUGCGGGCGAGCACCAUCUCCAUCUCCUUGAACGCGAGCGUCGCUUUCAACAACUGAGAAUGAACACGCUGCUUCUGAACGCCUUCUUAGCAUGGGCGUAGUCUCCUGAGAUUGAUUAAUGUUGAUCCAUUACUCUCGCAUACUUAACAGAUACCAAAGGAUAGGGUCAGGCGUUUUUAGAUUCAUGUCCAGUUUAAUGAGUAGAACUCAAUUCAUGCAUGGUGCGUAGUAAUACAUGUGGGGCUUUAGUAUGCCAGACACGGUUCUCUCUAUUCAGUCGAGGUUUUCAUGGAGUGCAUCUGUAAAUAUCUGAUAGACAAGUAGCCCAAUUCUACCACAUUUAGUC